AUGACGGUCAAGGUAGUGUGUUGCAUAGCCAUACUUUUAUCGAUUUGCGGCGACAUUUGUUGCGAGGAUCCGCCAGAGCCAUUUGAAGAACCCCCAGUUCGUUGGCCGGAAGAUUUUUCUGAAGAAAAGAAAUGGGUGGAAGAUUUUCCUAAUGUCGAAGGGGCAUCUGAUGAGGCACAUAGACACAGACGAAACAAUAUUCCGCACGAUUACGCCCUCCUUAUAGAAAACAGUCUAAGGUUUUAUGAAGCCCAGCGUUCUGGAAAACUGUCCGACGAUAACCGGAUUAAAUGGCGCGGCGAUUCUGCUUUGGGUGACGUAGGUGACAAUGGAGAAGAUUUGACGGGUGGCUAUUAUGACGCUGGGGACAACCUGAAAUUCAAUUUACCCAUGGCAUACAGUACUUCUGUUAUUGGUUAUUCAUUAAUGAUAUGGAAAGAUGGUUAUAAAGCAGCUGCUCAAUAUUGGAAAGCAAUGGACAUGAUCAAGUGGGCAUGCGACUAUUUUAUUAAGUGCUAUGACAAAACGACCAAUGUAUAUUACUAUCAGGUUGGAAAUGAUCAUUCUGAGUGGCAACGUCCAGAAGAUAUGCAAGCACCAAGACCUGCAUAUAAAUGUGAUACUGAUCACCCAGGAUCAGAUGUGGCAGGUGCUACUGCUGCUGCCUUGGCAACAUGUGCUGCAGUGUGGAAAACAAGAGAUCCCGAUUAUUCCACGGAGUGUAGAUCAUAUGCCGAAAGUCUGUAUGAAUUUGCCAUGACAUAUCGAGGGACAUACCCUUCUAUGUUAUACUAUAUGUCUACAAGGUUUGGUGAUGAGUUAGCAUGGGCAGCAGGGCUACUCUACCUUGAAACUGAGAACACAACUUACCUCGAUGAUGCAGAAGAACUUUAUGUGAAUUAUACACUGUAUACACGUUCUUAUGCAUUUGGUUGGGGAGAUGUUCGUGAAGCAGUGAAGGUGCUUUUAUGGCGAGCUACAAAUGAUGAGAAAUAUAGCAGUAAAGUAGGGAAGUACUUAGAUCCGUGGAUGCCUGGAGUGAGGAUGCGAUAUACAGCUGGGGGAAUGGCAUAUCGUCAUAAAUGGGGAUCAUUAAGAUAUUCUU